GAUGGUUUGACACCUCUAUGCCGGAAUUUGCGAGAAAAUUCGUCUAAAAAUUCAAUUAAAACCAUAACGCAAUUAUCAGAUUAGUGCUUCAAUCGUUUGAGUUUUAACUGAAGGGCUGAUAACGGAGGACUGGCGCCGAAAGACGUGGCCUAACACACAGGAAGACGCGCCACAAUGUCGAAGAGUUCCGGGCGUGACCGGGAGCGAGAACGCGACCGCGACAGAGAUCGCGAGCGGGAGCGCGACAGCAAGCAUGAAGGCCGCAGUCGGGAUAAUCAUACACAUGAGAGCCGUGGAGGUCGGGGGGACUAUGAGAUGAGCAAAUCUCGUAAUGGAGGCGGCAACAGUGCCGGCGGCAGUUCGCGCGGCAGCCGCGAUGAUCGCAAGCGGGGCAAAGAGCAGUCCAACAGGGACAAGGACAAUGAUCGCGGGCGGCGUGAUGACAAGCGCCGGCGGCGAUCUUGGUCGAAGGAAUAUGAAAAGGAUAAGCGCCAGGACAAGGAACGGGACAGAGAUCGCGACCGUCAGAGGGAGAGGGAGAAGGAUCGGGAGCGCGACAAGGAAAAGGAACGUGAUCGAGAGAAGGAUCGAGACCGGGAGCGGGACCGCGAACGUCACCGGGAUCGUGAGACGGAACGACGACAUCCGGUUACUGUUGCCCCCCUAGUCAUACGCCUGUCCUCGUCCAGCUCAUCCGAUGCGGAAGUGGAGGAAAUCGACAAGGAGGAGCAGCAGCGCCGCCUGGAGCAGGAGAUGAUCAAGCGUCGCGAGCGCAUCGAGCGUUGGCGGGCGGAACGGAAACGUGAGAACAAGGCGUCCGCACCAGCCGUUGUAAAAACGGCCAAAAAGUGGAGCCUAGAGGACGAGUCCGAGGAGGACGACAGCAAUCACGCACCGCCAAUGGAGAGUGGCGCCAAGAAAGACGCAGAGGAGCCCGACUCGCCCCCAUCCAAGUUUCACAGCAUUCGCAAGCGUUUCGACGAUGAUGUGGUCGAAGCGAAAUUCUCGCCCAUGAAGCGUCCCACCUUUAGCAAGACCUUUGGUGUGAAGCUUGGCAUGGGUCUGUCUCCGAGCCAGUCUUCCAAAUCGACAAAAGUCGAUAAGAAGGAGAUGUCCGGCGGAGAGUCCAAGGCAAAGAUCAAGAAAGAGUCGGAGGCAAGCAAACCAAUUGAACCCAAAAUAGAGCCUGAGGAGAAUACGCCUCCACUACCGCCAGUAGAACCACCAGAACUACCAACACCAGCAACAGCAACGGCAACGGCAGUGACAGUGGCAGUGGCGGUGCCAGAGGCAGCAGCAGCAGCAGUCGUCAAGCAGGAACCAGCCGAAGCGAAACAGGAAGAGCCCAAGAAGCAGCCGGAAGAGGAGAUUGAUCCAUUGGAUGCCUACAUGCAGGAGGUCAACAAGGAGAUGCGACGCGUCAAUAACUUUGUGGAGCCGCCCAGCCAAACCCAGGGCGUUGUCAUACUCACGGGCGUCGCCAAAAAGAAGUCAACGGAGUCGAAAAAGGGCGAACUGAUUGAACAGAAUAUGGACAGCCUGGAGUACUCGAGCGAGGAUGAGCUGGAGGACAUACGCGACACGGCCGUCAAUCUGGCAAUGAAGCAUCGCAAGGAGCUGGCCAAAAUCGAUCACUCAUCGGUCAGCUAUGCCCCAUUCCGGAAGAACUUUUACGUGGAGGUGCCCGAGCUGGGGCGCAUGACCCCAUCGGAUGUGGAGAAGUAUCGCACCGAGCUGGAGGGUGUUCAAGUGAAAGGCAAAGGCUGUCCCAAGCCCAUUAAGACAUGGGCACAGUGCGGCGUCAGCAAGAAAGAGAUGGAUGCGCUGCGGAAGCUGGGCUUCGAAAAGCCCACGCCCAUCCAGUGCCAGGCCAUACCGGCCAUCAUGUCCGGACGGGAUCUGAUAGGUAUUGCUAAAACUGGCAGUGGCAAAACGUUGGCAUUCAUUUUACCAAUGUUUAGGCAUAUCCUGGACCAGCCGCAUCUUGAAGAGGGCGAUGGUGCCAUCGCCAUCAUAAUGGCACCGACCCGCGAGCUCUGCAUGCAGAUCGGCAAGGACAUCAGGCGCUUCAGCAAGAGUCUGGGCCUGCGGCCAGUCUGCGUGUACGGCGGCACUGGCAUAUCCGAACAGAUCGCCGAACUGAAGCGUGGCUCUGAGAUAAUUGUGUGCACACCAGGACGUAUGAUCGAUAUGCUGGCCGCAAACUCUGGCCGGGUGACCAAUCUGCGUCGCGUCACUUACGUGGUGCUGGACGAGGCCGAUCGCAUGUUCGACAUGGGCUUCGAGCCUCAGGUGAUGCGGAUCAUUGACAAUGUGCGCCCAGAUCGCCAGACGGUGAUGUUCAGUGCCACGUUCCCACGGCAAAUGGAGGCCCUGGCGCGUCGCAUUCUAAAGAAGCCCAUCGAGGUAAUUGUUGGCGGGCGAUCGGUUGUGUGCAAGGAUGUUGAACAGCAUGUGGUCAUACUCAACGAUGAGUCGAAGUUCUUCAAGCUGCUGGAACUGUUGGGCAUCUACCAGGAGGCGGGAAGCAUCAUUGUCUUUGCGGACAAGCAGGAGAAUGCCGACAUUCUGCUGCGGGAUCUCAUGAAGGCCUCGUAUCCCUGCAUGAGUCUCCAUGGGGGAAUCGAUCAGUUUGAUCGUGACUCCACCAUCAUUGACUUUAAGUCGGGCAAGGUGCGUCUCCUGAUUGCCACCUCGGUGGCGGCACGCGGCCUCGAUGUCAAGGAUCUUAUCCUGGUGGUCAACUACGAUGUGCCCAAUCACUACGAGGACUAUGUCCACAGAUGUGGUCGGACUGGUCGUGCGGGUAAAAAGGGUAGUGCCUACACGUUCAUCACACCUGAACAGUCGCGCUAUGCUGGCGACAUUAUACGGGCGCUAGAUCUAUCUGGUGUCCUGGUGCCUGCCGAGCUGCAGACCCUCUGGACAGAAUACAAGGCUGCCCAGGAGGCCGAGGGCAAGAAGGUGCACACUGGCGGCGGCUUCAGCGGCAAGGGCUUCAAGUUCGACGAGCAGGAGUUUAAUGCGGUCAAGGAGAGCAAGAAGCUGCAAAAGGCCGCCUUGGGUUUGGCCGAUUCGGACGACGACGAGGACAUCGAGCAGGACAUUGACCAGCAGAUCGAACAGAUCUUUGCCGCCAAGCGCACCGUCAAAGACACUUCGAUUACGGCCGCCACUGCAGCUGCUGCUGCGGCUGCUGCUGCCGCCGCUGCUGCCGGUGGCAAUGUGGCACUGGCCACGGCGGCAGCCCAAGCGGCAGCAGCGGCUACGGCAGCCAAUCUGGCCAUGACCUCCGCUUCAGCGCCCACAGCGGCUGGACAACAGGCAACGCCCGGCAUUGUUAUGAGCUCCGACAAAUUGGAAUUGGCCAAGCGUCUGGCAUCAAAGAUCAACAGCAGCAAGAACCUGGACACAAAGGGCAGCCAGGUGUCGUCAGUGGAGCCUAUACUGAAGGGUCACCCCGCAGCGGGAUCUGUGCUGACGGCCCGAACGGUGGCCGAGCAGAUGGCCGCCAAGCUGAACAACAAGCUCAACUAUCAGCCGAAGGAGGAUGAGGAGGCCAUUGGCACACUGAUAGCCAAUAGCAAUUCGUUUACCAAAUACGAGGAGGAGCUCGAGAUCAAUGACUUUCCCCAGCAGGCACGCUGGAAGGUUACCUCAAAGGAGGCUCUCGCCCAAAUCUCCGAAUACUCGGAGGCGGGCCUAACGGUGCGUGGCACCUAUGUGCCCCAGGGCAAGCCACCGCCCGAAGGCGAGCGCAAGCUCUAUCUGGCCAUCGAGAGUUGCAGCGAGUUGGCCGUCCAGAAGGCCAAGCGCGAGAUCACACGCCUCAUCAAGGAGGAGCUGCUCAAACUAAGUUCGUCGCAUCACGUAUUCAACAAGGGACGCUACAAGGUGGUCUAGUCCUAUACCCGCAUCUAUACUAUUCGUCUAUUCUAUGCUAAGUGUAGUGUAUUGUUCUCUGGAACUAAUUAGCAAUCAAUAUACACACAAUUUAAUUUUAGUAAAACAAAAUAAAAGGCAACGGACCUUAAGAAGACGACCUCCCUUCUACGGGCUGAACAUACCACAUA